CGUAUACUUUGUUCUUCCAAAAUCUCACUUUGUAAGAAUACACUGGGUAUGUUGUUGUUAUUGAGAAUUUAACAUAAAUUUAGUUUCUACCUAUAAAAGCACAAUUCUAUUGCUAUGCAAAGUGAUGUUUUGUUUCUACUUUAUUGAUUUUCAUCCAUAAUGAAGUUGUUUGUUUAAGAGGUGUUAGCUUUCACAACUACUCAUGAUUGCAAACCCUAAGAGCACUGCAAAGCAUUCAAGAAUUUACUCAUCUCUUUUGAAUAAUCAAACAAAACAUGCAUGGUGAAAACGAAAAAGUCCCCCACUACUUUUCCACCGUAAAGUAGGGUAGUACUAUACUACCUACCAUUACUAAGUUUUGUGUGUGUGACAUUUACUCAGUUAAUCAUCAGCUCACUUAAAAAAUAAUUACAGCAAAUAUUAAUAUCUUGAGACUUGAGAGAGAGAGAGACAGUUAGUAAUUAACCCAAAUAGUAUAUAUCCUACACUACACUGAUAGCAUAAAUAUAUUUUGUUGAAUCGCAAUCCUUUUGCAUGGGUUGAUGAUACUUUCUCCUUACUUAAGACUCAAGAGAGAGGACCAGUCUGUUUCUUCCCUCCUCCUCCUCCUCCUCCUUAUUAUAUUGACUUUUGAUAUAUAAGAGGCAGGCCAGCAAAUAAAGCUUAAUUAGUUUAGGAGUAGAUAGUCUACAACUUCAAUUAAUUUGUGAUGGAGGGAUGCUGCUAAUUUGAACACUGCACUGAGAAAGGAUGGGAGUUGCUGAAUUGAAGACUAACAUAUCUGUGAAGAGCAGAUCCUUUCGUCCCACUUCUACACCCCAAUGUUGAAUUGAACCCAUUGACCAAAGGCUGCAUUCAAUUCCGCCAUGCUGAUUGUUUUCUUGUUUCAACAUAGUAUGGUGUUAAAGGCCGAUUUCUGAUGUUUCUAGUGAUGUUACAAUAGAAGUAGGAGCGGCCAGUUUUUCUCUUCACAAGUUUCCUCUGGUUUCUAGAAGUGGAAGAUUUAGAAAGCUGCUGCUGGAUGCAAAAGAUACAAAGAUGUCAAGACUGAAUCUUUCUGGUCUUCCUGGUGGAUCCGAGGCAUUUGAACUCGCUGUGAAAUUUUGUUAUGGCGUGAACGUUGAGAUUACCAUAACAAAUGUUGCAAUGCUAAGAUGUGCGGCCAGUUUCCUGGAAAUGACAGAAGACAUCACCAAUAAGAACCUGGAAGUACGAACCGAGGUGUUCUUAAAGGAAACAGUAUUCCCAAGCAUAUGCAACUCAGUGUCUGUUCUCCACAGCUGUGAGAAACUACUGCCAGUAUCAGAAGAAGUCAACCUUGUUAGCAGGUUAAUCAAUGCUAUUGCAAAUAAUGCUUGUAAAGAGCAACUGACAUCUGGUCUUUUGAGGCUGGAGCAUAAUUUCCCAUCUAAACCUAUUCAAAGCAUUGAUAUAGAGACAACGUCGGACUGGUGGGGAAAAUCACUAAUUGUGCUGAAUCUGGAAUUGUUUCAGAGGGUUUUAUCAGCAUUUAAGACAAAGGGUCUGAAACAAGACAUUAUAAGUAGAACUUUGAUUAACUAUGCACAAAAUUCUCUUCAGGGGUUCAAUGUUAAGGAUCCACAUUUAGUCAAAGGAAGUUUCUCAGAGUUGGAUUUACAAAAGAAACAAAGGGUCACUGUCGAAACCAUUGUUGGCUUGCUGCCAACACCGUCGAGGAAAAGUACAGUUCCAAUGGCCUUUCUUUCAAGUUUGUUAAAAUCUGCAAUAGUAGCAUCAGCAUCUACAUCUUGCAGAUGUGAUCUAGAAAGGCGAAUUGGUCUGCAACUACAUCAGGCGAUUCUCGAGGACAUUCUCAUACCUGGAAAUGGGAAUGGAAACAACCAUAGCCCUUUGUAUGACACUGAUGCAAUAUUAAGAAUCUUUUCCUUUUUCUUAAAUUUGGACGAGGAUGAUGCAGAAGACAACCAACUAAUAGAUGAAAAUGGAAUGGUUUAUGACUUUGACAGCCCCGGAUCUCCCAAACAGAGCUCAAUUCUUAAGGUUUCAAAAUUACUGGACAAUUAUCUGGCAGAAAUUGCACUAGAUUCAAAUCUAACACCAUCAAAGUUUACAGCACUGGCAGAGUUGCUUCCAGAACAUGCUCGUCUAGUUGAUGAUGGACUGUAUCGAGCUGUGGAUAUUUUCCUCAAGGUUCAUCCGAACAUUAAGGACUGUGAACGGUAUAGACUGUCCAAAACUAUUGAUUGGGAGAAAUUAUCACAAGAAGGGUGCAGUCAUGCUGCACAAAACGAGCGGUUGCCAGUGCAAAUGGCAGUUCAAGUGCUGUAUUUCGAACAAAUCAGACUGAGAAAUGCAAUGAAUGGGGGCCAAUGCCAAAACCAGUUAUUCUUUGGGGGUCAGUUUCCUCAUCGUUCAGGCAGUGGAGGCGGAAGCGGAUGCAUCUCUCCUAGAGAUAAUUAUGCAUCGGUGAGGAGAGAAAAUAGAGAAUUGAAGCUUGAGGUAGCAAGAAUGAGAAUGAGGCUUACGGAUUUAGAAAAAGAUCACGCAUCUGUGAAACAGGGGCUAGUGAAAUCACAUUAUCCUGCCAAUAAGUUAUUCAAGUCCAUCACGAAGAAAUUGAGCAAGCUCAGUGCGAUGUUCCAUUCAAAGCAGCAGGCAUUAGCGGGAAAAGCAAGUUCAGAAACUCGGUUUCCUAACUUUCAAAGGAAAAGGAAUCAUUCAGUUUCUUGAUGAUGUACUACUCUCUGAGUGUACGUGUGUGUGAAUUAAGAGUAGUACUGUAUAGCCAUUAGUCUGUUUCUUCUGUGGAAUAUAGAAAUUUUAUUUAUUUGAUGAUACACACACAAUAUAUAUGUAUUUCUCUAACAUCAGUUUGGGCAAUCUAAACUCAAUGUCACAUUUAAUUUGACUAUUUCUAUUAC